AUGUUGAAAACUAUUAUUCGACAGUUUAAAUCAAGUUCAAUACUACGAGAUCCAAUAGAAUCGAACGUUCUAAAAGCUAGUUUUGAUUUAAAUAAUGUUAAAGAUUUACCAUUUAAUGAAAAUAUUGAAUUAGCAUGGAAACAAUUAAUACCUUAUAAGAUAAAACUACGAAAAGAAGAAACUCCUGUAUUAUUUCUACAUGGAUUAUUUGGAUCAAAAUUAAGUUUUAACAAAGCUGGUAGAUUAUUUAGUGAAUUAACAAAAGUUCCAACAUAUGCAUUGGAUUUAAGAAAUCAUGGAGAAUCACCUCAUGUAUUACCACAUACUUAUUCACAAAUGGCUCAUGAUGUUUAUAAUUUUAUCAAGGAAAGAAAUUGGGAUCAAUGUGUUUUAGUGGGUCAUUCAAUGGGAGCUAAAGUUGCAAUGAUUGUCAGUUUAAUUUAUCCUGAAUUAGUUUCAAAAUUGGUGGUGGUUGAUAAUACUCCACAUGCUGAACAAUUAGAUGAACAAUUUAAAAAUGAUUUAUUAGGAAUGUGUGAAGUUGAACAAAUAGGUUCACAAUUUAAAAAAAGUGAAAAUGGUAAAAGAGUCACCGAAAUAAAAGACGUUGAUAAAAUGUUGAGUCAAUAUCAAAAAGAUCCUUUAAGUAGACUGUUAUUAAUGAGUAAUUUAUUAGUUACUCAAAAAGAUGUUAGAAACAGUUAUAUAAAAGAUAAAAGAAAAGAAGUAUUCAAAGUACCAGUUAUGAAUUUUUGGAAACAUAAUAUUAUAAAUGCAAUGGGUUCAUGGCCUCAUAUACCUUCAACUACUCCAAAAUUUUCAAAUCCGGUUUUGGUGAUGUAUGGAAAUAGAUCAAAUUUUGUUAAAAAGGAAUAUUUUGAUAAAUUUAAAGAAUAUUUUAGUGAUAUUAAAUUUGAAGAAUUUAAUUCUGGUCAUUGGAUAUCUCAAGAAAAACCAAAAGAAUUUAUAAAUCUGUUAAUAAUGUUUAUAUCACCACCAAGUUCAAGAAAAAUUGAACCAUCACCAAAAAAGAAAAAGAAAGGUUACGGAAAAAUUCAUAGAUCUUAUAAAUAG